AACCCUUCGCUCUUCACUCACCGAAAACAACUAAACCAAAAGCAUCAAACACUUCAACGCUUCAAAAAUGGCGAAGCUCGCAGUCCUCUUGGCAACUUUUGCCCUCUUCCUCGUCCUGUCUAACGCCUCCAUCUUCCGCGCUGAGGUGGAGCUCGACGAAGACGACGUGAACCAGAGAGGCCCACAAGGACGCUGCCAGAGGGAGUUCCAGCAGCAACAGCAGCUCAGGGCUUGCCAACAGUGGAUCCGCCGACGCGCCCAACGCGGCGGGGGCUGGGGCGGUGAUGACAUCGAGCUUGUAUCCGAAGAUGAUGACGUGAACCAGAGGUCGCCAGCCCUCCGACAGUGCUGCAACGAGCUGCGCCAGGUUGACCGCAUGUGCGUGUGCCCAGUGAUAAGGCACGCGGCUGAACAGGUGAGAUACCAGGGACAACACCAGCCGCAGCAGGUGAGACAGAUGUUCCAAGCUGCUAGGAACUUGCCCAACAUCUGCAGCAUCCCUGUCGGACAAUGCCAGUUCGAGGCUACCCCUUACUAGGCGGGAAAAAGAUCUAUCCUUGUACUAGUUAAUAAAAAAAGGCACGGUGUGUGUGUUUGGUUUGAUCAUGAGAAUAAAAGGUUCCUAAUAAGUUUGUAAGCAAUCACACAUUAUCGUGUGUUUUAGUGGUAAUGUUUUGAGGCUAAUGUGACUAGCACUAGUCUUUCUAAUAAGAGGCUCACCUUUAUCAAGUCUUA